AUGUUUUUGGUUAAUUAUUCUAAAUCAUUUGCAAAUAAACUAAUACCAAAUGAUAUUAUAAAUAUAACUAGUAAUGAUAAUAAAAUUAAUAAAUCAUUAACUAAUUUAAUGCAAAUACCAGCUUCAUUUAUUCCAAAUCCAAUGUCAUCAAAAACUAUAUCAAGAAGAAGUACUGCAUUAUCACCAGGAUCUUCACCAAAAUCUUCACCAAAUUCAAAUGAUAAUGAUAAUGAACAAUUUAAAAAUAAUCAAGAUUAUUUCAAUAAUAUACUAUCAGAAGAUUCUGAAAAUGAUGAAUUAAUGAAAAAUAAUAAUUCAAGUAAUGAAGAAGUAUCAAAUAAAAGAAUACCAUCAAUAAAGCGUAAAAAAUCAAGUAAAUCAAAAUCCAAUAAAAACUCUAAAAGGAAUAGAUCGGAAUCUGUGAAUCAUGAUAUGGAUAUCAGCGUUGGCACUAUACCCAAUCAACAAGAUAUUAGUAUGCAAUUAAAAAACUUGUUUGGAGAAGGUUAUACUUUAAAUGCCUUGGAAUGGAUUUUAAUUUCAAUAAUACUAUAUUUAUUAUAUAAACUUUAUUAUGAUGGUUAA